UACACUGUAAGACGUGCACGCAGGCUACGUACGGCAGGCGGACAGACCUUAUUUCCGCUUCCGGCUCCAGGGUGUCCUUGUCCUUUAGUUGCGGCUAGUGAGAACUUGAAGUGAGAGGAUGGGCAGCAUGUUCCGCAAUCUCCUGGCUCUCCGUCAGGUCUGCCAGCGAACCUUAACUACUUCUACCCGCAAGUCAGUGCAAAACAAAGUUGGAGAGAAGCAGAAGCUGUUUCAGGAAGAUAAUGGCAUUCCAAUUUACAUAAAAGGAGGGGCUGGUGAUAUCUUAUUGUACAGAGUGACCAUGCUAAUCACUGGUUUUGGAACUUGUUAUGCUUUAUAUUUAAUCGGCAACGCUUCAUUGCCUCCCAAGAAAUGA